AUGGCACGCAAGGCCGCCCGCAAUGCGGUCCUCCUCGCCGUCGUCCUAGCUCUGACGUCGCUGUACCUCCUCUUCGUCCUCCUGGACGACUACGCCCAGCCCCUUCCCAUCAAAGUGGUCGCGCGGACGCCAGCGCAGCUCCCGAUUGCCGAAGACUACAAGCGCGCAAAGGAGGCAGUGAGGGAGCAAGUCCUCUUCAAGGCCAACCUCGCCAUCAGCAAGGGCUUGACCUAUGGGUCGGACGGAAUAGUGCGCGGCUGGGAGCGUCUGCACAAGCAGUUCGGCAAGGCAGGCCGGGAGCGCGACGAGCAGCACCCCAUCGAACAGCUCAUCUACCGCGGGAAGCGGCGCUGGGAGGCGCUCCUGAAAAGGCAAUCUAAGGAUCUCGCGUCUGCGGUCAGAGCGUACGAGAAGCGCUACUUCCGCCCUCCGCCGCGCGGCUUCGACGCCUGGUUCCGUUUCUGCACUGAGAACAAUGUCAGGAUCAUUGACGACUACGACCAGAUCGAGAAGGACAUUGGCCCGUGGUUCGGCAUUGCGCCUGACCAGUUCCGCAAGCGCGUGAAGAAUCUCGAGAAAGUCAAGCAUUCCUACAAGAUCACGCUCUAUGCCAACGGUUCCUCAACGCUCACCGGGGACCGCGCCUCCUCUCCAAGAGCGCAGAUGCAGUACGACCUCAUUGCACCCCUGGCGUCGAUCAUCGGUUCCGAACUUUCGUUCCAGGUUUCAGACCACGACCGCGGCAAUGCUAUCAUCAGCGAGGAGCUGCGUGAACUCCUGCUCUCUGCCGCCGGGCGCGGGUCCUUCGUCACCGAAGCCGAGCUCGCGAAGCACGAGGACGACGGGCAGGCCUCUCUCGGGAUCCAGUUCGCCUGCUCUCCCAGCAGUCUAGCGAGGCGAAUCAGCAUCUGGCGCCCCCAGCCUGCGCUGAACGACGAGCCGAUGUCCUUCAUCUACGACCUGCGCGAGGACGCACAGAUGAACUUUUGCAACAACCCAAAGCUGAUGCGGUACCACGGUGCGUUCUCCUUCCCCUUCGCGCGGCGCGCGGGGAUGCGGCCCAUGUUCCAGCUCUCGAAGACGGCGCACAACCACGAGUUCAAGAUGCCCCCUUUAGAGGGCUUCGAGCUGUACGAGGAACACCCCUAUAAGGUCAUCCCGUGGGAGGCGAAGGACGACUCUCGUCUCUUUUGGCGCGGCACGAUGACGGGGGACGAGUACACCCAGCCACAGGGCAACUAUAGGCCGCACUACAACUGGCGCGAGAGCCAUCGGAUUCGGCUCUCGUUCCUUGUCGCACCAACGAGCCAGGACGGGAGGGAAGACGAGGACAGGCGGUGGCUCUGGGUCCGCCGCGGCGGGGAAUGGACCAAGGCCUCCUUCCCGCGCUCGCUCUUGCGCAACACCUACUUCGACAUCGGCCUCAUCGACAAGCUGCACCAAUGCGACGAAGCCACAUGUGCCCAGAUGCGCAAGGAGCUUCUUUUCAAGCCAAAGACCUUGCGCGGCUCAGAGGCGGCGUACAAGUACUUGUUAGAUGUGGACGGGAACGGGUGGAGCUCGCGCUUCCGCCGCCUCAUGGCUGGCGGCAGCGUCGUGCUCAAGUCCACAGUGUAUCCGGAGUGGAACACGGACUGGCUCGUGCCGUUCUACCACUACGUGCCUGUGCGCAACGACUACAGCGACUUGACGGAGAUCAUGGCGUUCUUCACUGGUACCCCCGGGACUAGCGAGGAGAGUAAGACCGAGGGAAGGGACGACCUUGGGCGGGAGAUUGGCGAGAAUGCCCGCCGGUUCGUCGCCGAGCACUGGAGGUGGCAGGAUAUGCAGGCGUACAUGCUCCGGCUGCUGUUGGAGUAUAGGCGCCUCAUGGCCGAGAACAGGGAGAGGGAGGCGUUCGAGUGA